AACGUAUGCAUCCGGUAGUGAUUCCGGGUCCUCCUUCACACGUAGACUUCAGGGAACAGCGCCGAUACUCCGCUUCAAACGGUCUCUAUCUUCACCAAAAUGCCUCUUAAGUUUGAACUGUGUCCCGGGAGAAUGAUCGGGGGCUCCCACCCCUGUUUCAUCAUCGCAGAGAUUGGACAAAACCACCAAGGAGACAUCGAAAUUGCCAAGAAAAUGAUUAAGAUGGCAAAGGACUGCGGGGCCGACUGUGCCAAGUUCCAGAAGAGUGAACUGGAGCACAAGUUCAACAAGCUAGCUUUGGAGCGACCCUACAACUCCAAACAAUCCUGGGGUAAAACCUACGGAGACCACAAGCGCCACCUGGAGUUCAGCCAUGAGCAGUACAGGGAGCUGCAGAAGUACGCCGAGGAGGUCGGCAUCUUCUUCACGGCGUCGGGAAUGGACGAGAUGGCGGUGGAGUUCCUCCAAGAGCUGAACGUGCCGUUCUUCAAGGUCGGCUCCGGAGACACCAACAACUUCCCCUACCUAGCCAAAACCGCCAAGAAAGGGCGGCCCAUGGUGGUGUCCAGUGGGAUGCAGUCUAUGGAGACCAUGCGGCGCGUCUACAAGACGGUCAAAGAGCACAACCCCAACUUCUGCAUCCUGCAGUGCACCAGCGCCUACCCCCUGGACCCCGAGAACGUCAACCUCCGAGUCAUCUCCGAAUACCAGAAGGAGUUCCCGGACAUUCCCAUCGGAUAUUCGGGCCAUGAGUCUGGGGUCAGCAUCACGUUGGCGGCGGUGGCGUUGGGCGCCAAGGUGGUGGAGCGUCACGUGACCUUGGACAAGACGUGGAAGGGCAGCGACCACGAGGCGUCGCUGGAGCCUGCCGAGCUGGCCGAGCUGGUGCGCUCCAUCCGCCUGGUGGAGAAGUCCCUUGGCACCGGGGUCAAGAUGAUGCUGCCCUGCGAAAAGGCCUGCCACGACAAGCUGGGGAAGUCGGUGGUGGCGCGGGUCCACGUGCCCAGCGGCACGGUGCUCACUCUGGACAUGCUGGUGGUGAAGGUGGCCGAGCCCCGCGGCGUUCCCCCAGAGGACAUCUUCCAGCUGGUGGGCAAGGCUGUGCUGGAGGAGCUGGAGGCGGACCAGAGCGUCACCCCCGACCUGGUGGACGGCUACGGCAAGCGGGCCAAGUGCUGAGGAGGGCCCGCUAGGACCAGGGUUGGGUGGGGGGGGGUGUAUGGUUACUGUAGAUGUGUCCGUUUGUCACGGUAACCUCUGCCUCAGAAGGAUGGAAUGUUAUGGGGAAGGUCGGGCGGGGAUUCAAUACACCACCCCUCUCCCACUGUUGCCAAUUCAACUGUUGCUCUUGUCACAUGACCAGAAGUUGGUCUAGUCGAGACAACUUCAGAUCUUUACUUUACAAUGAAUGUGUCUUUAGGUAGAAUCUCUUUUAUGAAGGCUACCUCUGCGUUGUGCUCUUGCACGUGUAUAACGAUCACACCCAGAGCUGUAUUGGAGAUUAACUAGCUGUGAGCACUGGUGUAAUGUUGUGUCAUCUCCUACCACCCGGUGAUGAUGAUUGCGACUAUGAUACUUUCGUGUCUUCACAGACACUAUGUCUUUAUAAAGCCUUAGUCAAAAAUAAGUUUAGAUAACAUCACACUCCUUAAAACCACAUUGUCAAAAGUCUUCUUCCAAUCUGUUUCCAACGUACUACGUACUUAAAUUAUGAUCCUCCUCACCUGCCUUCUAAACUUUCGGCGACAUUAUGAAAGGAAAAUAAAAUGUAGGAAAGUUGUGCGUGUUUGACGUCGGCUGUGAGCCACUGGGUGAACUGGAUCUGUAAUGCCGUAUUGUGCCACCAAGUGGCGAUGCUGUAUUGCCUUUGUAUGCACGGGUAAAAACGCCAAUAAAUCUCUUCCCCUCCAUC